AUGCGCUCGCGACUUCAAGCUUUUUGGACAAAGGCUGUUGACGAGCUUCACCCCCGAGCUUCUUCAAGCCGUCGCCUUCUCCCAUCGGCACUUUUAAGACGACGAAGCGCCACAUUUUGGCGAGGCAGACCAGACGACAUCCGCGACAAGUACCGCAACACCUUACAGCUUCUCGCAAGCUUUCUGAACGAACGCGUCGACAUGCCAGCGGAUAAAUCGAGGAAGCGCAAGGCGGACAAGGAUCUGCAGAGAUACUAUGCUGUGCGCGUCGGCACCCGACCAUGCCCCUGUGAUCUCUUGGAGAUCUUCUUGGAGAUCUUCUUGGCCAAUCCGACUGACAGAGGCUGCCUUCUAGACAAGUCUUUCUUCACUCGCGAAGAGGCCCAGGCGUUCGUGGAAGGCAAGUUCGUACCCACGCCAGCUGGGCCCCCGAGAUACUAUGCCGUCGCGCGUGGUAACUUCACGGGCAUUUUCGUCGACGACUGGGAUACGGUUCGCUUGGCAAUCAAGGACGCCAAGGGGCCGAAGUAUAAGAAGUUCGAUACAUAUGCCGGCGCGUUGGAGUUUAUUAGGGAAUGGGGCAAUGAGGAAACGAUUGCCGGCGCCGAGACCGGCGCCCAGAACCAGGGUAUCAGAAUCCCGCCGAGGAAAUUAGCCACCAGCUCUUCGACGAAGGCCACAAAGGUGAAGAAGGAGACCAAUGAUGGAAUGGAGGAGGAGACACAGGAGGAUACCGAUGACGACGACGACGCAAAACAAGAGAUAUUGAACUUGCCACAGAUUUUUACGGACGGAGCUUCGGCAGGCAAUGGUACUCCCUCCGCCAGGGCCGGGGUAGGCGUCUACUUCGGACCCAACGAUGCAAGAAACGUAUCCGAACCCCUCGAGGGCGCGCUGCAAACUAAUCAGCGAGCAGAACUCGCCGCCGUCCUUCGAGCACUCGAGUGCACCUCGGUCACGCAGGAUGUCCAAAUCUGGACGGAUAGCAAAUAUACGAGGAACUGCGCCACCCGCUACAUCGAAAAGUGGGUGACCAACGGCUGGAGGACUGGAAGUGGCAAGCCUGUCAAAAAUCAGGAUUUGAUCAGGGCAAUCGUCGAACAUCUUAACAGGCGAGAGGCUGCAGGAACAAUAACGAGCAUCAACUGGGUCAAGGGUCACACCAAAAAGCUAAGCAAGACAGCUGUAGGCAAUAGGGCUGCAGAUGAGCUCGCCACCGCCGGUGCAAGGGGGAUUUUGCCAGCGAAGUCAAGAAGAAAGCUCAAGUGA